AAAAUUAUUAAUUUAUCGUACAUUUUCGCGGGAGAAAUUGUAAAAAAAUGUGGUAGCUGUAUAGAAAAUAACUUAGAAGCAAUCAAAAUAGCGUGCUAAGUUUUCAUACCAAACUAGGUAUAUCGCGAAUUGUGUGAACAGUUAUCAACAACAAAAUGAAAUGACAUUAUUGAUUUUUGGAGGUUGUAUACGAAACUGCAGUUGCACGUUUAAAAUGUGAAAAUAAAUUAACAAGUGCCACUUCUACCCGUAAUAUUGACUAUAAAUUGGUAUUAUUUGAUUUAUUUGAGUUCAUAAUGCGUCUUAAGCGCCGUUUUCACAUGCUAAAAGGCUUCAAAAUUGUGUAAUACGUAUUGAUUGUGUAUAUGAAAAAGCCGCGGAUAUGGCUCAGUGCUCUACGGACGCAGACAUCCACGCUGCAGAGGCGGACGCGGAGGACCAAGAACUCGAUUUAGAGAUCAGUGUGGACAAGAUUGACGAGGGAUUGUUUCUUGGGAACCUAGCAUGUGCCCGGGAGCAGAAAACCCUGGAAACCCUCGGGAUCACCCACAUACUGACGAUAGACCUGGUGCCCCUGCCCAGGAGUCUGCAGGACAGGAUCAAAGUUGUCUUCAAGUAUGUCAAAUUGGCUGAUGUACCAAAAGACGAUCUGAUCUCCCAUCUGCCAGAAUGCAACGAAUUUAUCGAGAACGCCGUGGAAGCUGGUGGCAACGUCUUGGUCCAUUGUUACUUUGGCGUCUCGCGUUCGGCUGCGGUUGUCAUCGGUUACAUUAUGAAAAGGUAUUUUCUGGACUACGAGGAUGCCUUCAGGUUGGUGAAAUCACAUCGGCGGUUUGUGGGACCCAAUCCUGGUUUCGUCGCCCAACUGAAAUUGUAUGGACAGAUGGGCUAUGUGCUUAAUAAGGACGACCCAAGAUACAAACAAUUUCGACUUAAAAUGGCGGGACAGAAACUAAAACAAGUAAAAAUCCUCCCUCAACUUUUUGCGGACUUGAUCAAACCGGACCCGGGUCUGGUACGCGAGCGUCCGGACCCGAUCGUGUACCGUUGUAAAAAGUGUCGGCGGGUUGUCGCCAGUCAGAACAACAUUAUACCACACGUACCCAAGCAGGUUAAAGUCGAGUUGGCGAAGAAAGGUAUCAGGCCAUCCAUAUCCAAGCUGCCUGGUCUCCCGUGCUCCGAGAACGGCCAGGUCCUCAUUCAGAAGCUGAAAAACCUGGCAUGUCAGAUCCUCGACGACGAUACAGAGACCACAGGGGUCCCAGCCACGCAGGAGAGCGAGGGACCUAACCAUUUGGACGGUUACCACGAACAGAACCUAGUGGACGCGGCCAUAGCGCCUCGCGACUGCACCGACGCAUGCCGCCUGAUGCUGUUCGUGGAGCCGAUGGCGUGGAUGAGCGGCGUCACACACGACGCUCAGGGAAAACUGCACUGUCCCAAGUGCAGCAACAAGAUUGGCAGCUUCAGCUGGGUGUGCGGUUGCAAAUGUCCGUGCGGUCAGAAAGUUGCGCCCGCUUUCUACCUCGUACCGUCAAAGGUGGAAUGGUCCAAUAUCGUCCAAAACGUACAGAUUACGGUCUAGUAUCCAACGGGCUGUUAUGAUCACAGCCCGGAAUUUUCGCGGCAUAACAAAAGACCGUUUUAUUUGGUGGACCGUUUUUGACUUCCAUUACCCAACUAUCGAUAUCGAUAAAAAAUGUUUCUAACUCUAGCAAGAUUGCGACAAUCUUUUUUGCCGCGAAAAUUCCGGGUUCUGGUGAUGAUCAUAUGUGCCAUUUUAAACCAAAAGCACAGAAUAAAUAAUAUAAUUAGGUACAGAACUUCACUCUCUAAUAAAAUGCGUCUAGGCGACACUAAUACGACAGAUAUGGCCGCUAGGUGGCGCAUGCGCGAACAGGCGUCCGUUCCGUAACGGUGCGCGGCAACCACUGGCUAGACACCAAAAUUGGUGUGGGCCGCGUGUACUUGUAGCGACGCGACGAAAUCGCGGAGUGAGCCACACCUGACAAAUGGGUAAUUAUUGUCGGCUGUUAAUAAGGAGCUAUUUCCACAUAGCUUCAGUUUGAAAUCAACCUUAUCGACAACCGACAAUGUGUUUUGGUUGAAAAUGUCGCAUAUGUCUGAUAUUAUGCUCCAUGUGCAUAAGGACCCUGGAAAGCCACAUAUUAUAAUAAAUAAAUUUAUGUGCUAUACUUCCAAAAAAAUGUCUACAAAAAUUUUACGUGACAGCUGCUCCAUAUAAUAAGUAUUAAGUUUUAAAAAGCGCAGGAUACGCAAGGUAAAGUCGUCGUCAAUAGAACUUGCAAAUAGUGUAAAGAAAUAUGACAGAUUUUGUUAGCGUUUAACACAUAACCUAAUAUUUUUACAAAUGUUAUUUUAAUAACAAAACUUCCGUGAGAGUCAGACAUAUUAAACAUAUUAAUAACGGGUCACUCACGUAUUUUAAGUAGAAAACGCUCGACAUGUUUCACUCCGUCACCGUCUACGC